AUGGGUGCUUCUACAACUCUACUUGCUCCCUUCGAUGGGUACGCGUGUGAUGUACUUCAUCGUUUCCCAACUGCUCUCCGCUUUUCUCAUCGCUUUGUCGUAACAUUCAGUCACAAUUCCGUGGACAAAUAUCCAGCGAAUUCCCGUUUGCUCAAUAACUUCCCUUGCCUUCAACUUUUCACAACACGCAACAUGACACCAGGACCGAUCACCGACUGGAUUUGGGGAGGAUUGAAUUAUCAGGCAAGUGUUUUUGGAGUCGCAAGGCAUCGUGCCCAGUUUGCUUGGUGUUUAUUUAUAUGCUUGCUCAAUCGAGCACCAUCUCUUCCCAACAAUGCCCCGAUGCAAUCUGAACACAUGUAUGAGACUGGGUCAAGGAAUUCUGCCGCGAAAACAACCUGCCGUAUCUAG